UAACAGGUCGUUUAGUUACAAACAACGGUUCAGUCAGUGAUGAUAAUGACAUAAUAAUUAGUCAGGUAUAUAAGUUUCAGUUUGAUAGGUAUUAAUUCAUUCUAUCUUUGGACGAAGACGCAAUGGCACUCAAAUUCGUGGUUCUAGCCAUCCUCAGCUGCACGCUUGCCAUCCAGGCGUCGGCGUCGCCUUACGGUGCCAUGGGUCUUGGUAUGGGAGGUCUUGGCGGGGGUCACCAAGGGGGCGGAGGAUUCGGAAGCGAGGGAUUCGGAGCUGGUAGCCAAGGUUACGGCAGCCAAGGAUACCAGGCUGGAGGCGCCCAGGGAGGAUAUGACAGGGGACAUCAUGAUUCCAGUUUCACUCAGAUCACAGACGCACAUCAGUCCUCAGGACACGACGUCGCCGGAGGCAGCCAGUACGGAGCUGGCGGUGGAAGCCAGGGAGGCUUCGGAGGAUACCAGGGCGGUCAGUCUGGCUUCGGCAACGGGUUCCAGACAGGUGGAUUUGUGGGAUGA